UGGAAUGCGCUCCAGAUAAACCAGGAAAGCGAAGCUCGCUUCCGAAGGGUAUAUAAGAAGUGGCUGUGAGAUAGGUGAACAGAAGAACCAGGAGGAGAGAGACAGAGACAGAGACAGAGACAGAGAGAGAAAGAAAGAGAGAGAGAGAAAAAGAGAGAGAGAGAGAGAGAGAAAGGUUAAGAAGCCCGCUCUGAAAACAACCGACUCAAACUUCCAAGAAUGGAUGCUAAGAGUUCCUUCCUCAGCGUGGUCUCCUUGGUGUUUUUUCUCGGCUUCCAUUGUCCGGCAGCUCAUCCCAUCCAUAGCCUCAGCCCGGCCGAGGAGCUAUCGAACAUGGAGGAUCUCCUGGAGAGGUUAGAAGAAAAAGUGGCUUUGAUGGAGGACUUGCAAGGCAACCCUGAUGACUUUGGAACCCAGGGAGAUCGCCAAGCCGAAGAGGACCUGAACGACGAGCGCCCGGCUGAGGAUUUCCCCGUCUUCUCCGACCGAACGGCGCUGCUGAAACACAUGAGAGGGAUCCAGGCGGCCAAAAGCAUGAGAGAAUCGGGCUGCUUCGGCCGACGGUUGGACCGGAUCGGAUCCGUCAGCGGGAUGGGUUGCAAAGGAUCCAGAAGACACUAAAAAAAAAAGCUGCUCCUUUUCCAUGGCGUGUGAAUUUCCGAAGAUUUUUCCAACCUGUGGGCGCUAGGAGAGAGUGAGCGAGCAAGCGAGCGAGCGAGAGCGCUCCCCCUAUUUAUUUAUUUAUUAACUUAUUUAUUACCUGCCUUCGUUUGCUUCUUCCCUGCCCCCUUUCCUUUUUCAAAAAAAGAAAAAAAAAAGAUUUGUUUUCUUAUUUUCAGCACAGAGA